AUGGCAACAUCAAAUGCAUUUAUAUGCGGCGUGUGCGAUUCCCAGCAUAUCACCAAGGAUGCAAAACACUGGUGUCCGGAAUGUGAAGAAGGAUUAUGUCCGAACUGUCUUUUAUUUCACAGCUCGUCUAAGCUUUUACGAGUGCAUGGUAUUAUCUCAAUAGAAAAUUAUAAAGAGUUACCACAAUACAUUAGAAGUAUACGUCAGAUCUGUCCAGACCAUGACAGAAAGUACCAGCACUAUUGUCCUAACCAUGAAGUUCCAUGUUGUCCAUUCUGUAUUACAACACGCCAUUGUGAAUGUAAAGGAUUGCAAGUGUUAGAAGAGGUUGUAAAGACAUCGGAAUUAUCCAGUCUGUUCGACGACAUGAAACAAAGUUUAAAGGAUGUACAUAACAACAUUGAAAGAAUAAAGAUAGAUCGUGAAGCAAAUAUUACGAGUAUUCAGGAACAAAGAAACAAGUUCCAGUGUGAAAUCAGACAGGUCCGCCAACAAAUAAAUUCACAUCUUGAUAAACUUGAGAAGCAAGCUAUGGAAAAUUUGAAAACAACUGAAGAUAAAGUCAAAUGUCAGAUUGAAACUUUAUUAAGCAAACUUUCUACCAGCAGUAAAGAAGCACAAGAGUUAGGGAACAUUAUUUCAGCAAUGACGAGUUUUGCCUCAGAUUUACAAAGAUUUCUAGAAAGGAAAGAAAUUGAAUCAAAAGUAGCAAAAUCAGAGGGGUAUGUAAGUUCCUUGGUAGAAGAUGGAAGUCUCCAACAAGUCACUUUGAACUGUAGUAUAGACAGUAAGAUGUCUGGGAUUUUAUCUUCCAUUGCAUCGUUUUGUACAGUAUCAAUUGAAAAAAGUAAGCCAAAUAUUCUACUGAAGACAGAAAAGGAAAAGCAAGCUCAGAUCAUGACUGUUCCACCUACAGUUCAUAAAUCUAUACAUGAUAUCAAAGUACAGCUGGCAAAAACUUUCAAAUUAUCGGCAGGAAGGCACGAUACUUGUAUAACAGGAUGUACAAUCAACCCGUCAGGAAAAUUGAUUUUCGCAGAUUUCACUAAUAAUAAGAGACUUGUUAUUCUAAACGCAGACGGGGUUGUAAACGGCGAAAUACAUUUAGCGGCACCGUAUGAUGUAACAUCUAUUGACGACAGAAGAGUUGCUGUCAUUCAAAGUAAACAAAUUCAAAUCAUAGAUUUGGUAUCUAAAAAGGUAGAAAAGACGCUUUAUGUAAAAAAUAGUUCAUCUUCAGGAAUUUCUUAUGGAAAUGAUAUGUUAUGGUUCUAUGAAUCCGGAAAAGGCAUACUCAUGUUGAAGCUGACAGAAACCAAUGAUCCAAUCACUGUAGUUAAUGAUAGUGAUACAGGAAAUUGGAACUUUAUAGCAUCUUUCCAAAAUAACAUAUAUCAGACGAAUAGGAACAAUAAUACGGUCACAUGCUACAACGUUUCAGGUGAGAAAGUCUGGGAAUUCAAAGAUGAAACAGUUAUCAAUUCACCACGAAGUGUGGCAGUUGAUCAAUACUCAAACGUUUACGUAACAUCAAUUGGCAAUAGUCGCAUUGUGGUUAUUUCACCUGAUGGAUCACAAAGUAGGACCUUAAUAAGUGGAGUAAAUUCCUGGGGAAUUGACAUCGAUAAAGAAAGACGUAUGUUGAUGGUAACUGAAUUACCAAGUGAUGUCGUUCGAGUUUACAAAAUAUCAUAA